GGACACCGUCAAACCAUGUGGACGCGCGCCGUGACACUGUUGUUGGUGCUGGCAGUAACCUUGGCCGACUUUGGCCAAGGUGCCAUCUACCCGGAAGACGACACCCAGGAAAAUCUGCUCACCGUGGUGCCGUGCGUGAAGCGAUUGUGUGAAAAGUACUUCAAGUCGGAACGCGCCAUGAAGGGAUCGCUGGCGAUCAUCAAUAUCAAACCGGACACCUCGGCGUUCCAGCUGAAUAUUUUGAAGUCCUUCAACGAUGAUCCGCGGCACGAGAUGGGCGUAAUGGUGAAGGACGGUCGCAAGAAGCACUGGAACGCCUCGCACGUCACGGAAAAGGCUAAAAACUACUUGCUUUUGGUAAGCGAUUCUUCGGAGCUGGACGCUCCGAUCAACCAGCUGCGACGUCUGCCGACGUGGAAUCCGCUGGCGCAGGUUGUGGUGCUCUUUACGUCCGAGAUGACUCCGCUGGUGUUUCAAAUCGAAGUGCGGAACGCUUUGCAGAAGUUGUUCGAGAACUCGGUGCUUAACGUGAACGUAAUGGUUCAGCGGUACAAUACGAGCGUGCUGGAAGUGUGGACCUGGUUUCCGUACGAGAAUGGAGGUUGCGCGGACAGUAUUUUGAACAUCCGUCUGAUGGACGAAUGCGAGUACGUGGAAGUUUCGAUGGAAAACGUUGCCGAGAAGAUGGACGAAAAUUCCGAGUUUAUCGUUCCGGAGUUGGAGUAUUCCAACGUUACUGCAGCGAACAGUUCGCUGCAGGUGUUCUUCGAGCAAUCGGAGCAAACUGGAGAUUCGUUUGCGGAAACUGUGUGGCUGUUUCGCGAGAAGCAUUACUUCUCAGACUACGGGCCAAAGAUUCCCAAGGACUACAACUACUGUCCGUUGAUGAUCAGCACUCCGAUCUGGGAGCCAUUUGUUGUAGGAAAUGAGACGAGCAUCGAAAAGGGUCUGGAGGUGCUGAUGAUUGAGGUGAUUACGGCUCGCAUGAAGCUCACGCCAGUGUAUCGGUUCAUCGAUCCGUUGCGCGCUUCAGCUACCAUAACGGCGGACAAUAGUACGGGAUUCUAUGCGGAUUUGAUACAGAGGCGUACGGAUCUGAUGAUUGGAGGUUUGUACGAGAAUCCCAUCAGUAGGAGAAUGCUGUCUUCGUCCAUCCCGUACUUUCAGGAUGAUCUAACGUGGUGCGUUCCAACGGCUCGACAUGCUCCAAAGUGGUUGAACGUAUUCAUCAUCUUCAACGUGUGGAUCUGGCUAGUGGCAAUCAUAAUUAUCUUCGUAGCAGCCGCCAUCAUCUACUGCCUCAACCACGUCGAGCAUCGCUACCCGGAAAACUACACCUGGAUGCUCCUGCAAUCGCUGGCAUUUUCCCUCAGCGUCUAUGCCCACUACUGGCCGCAACGGUUCUCCAUCCGCUUCUUCCUGGUGGGCUACAUGAUCUACGGCUUGCACUGGAGUGCGGCGUAUCACAGCUUCCUGAUUUCGGUUCUAACCCGACCCAGAUUCGAACCUCAGAUUAGCACCGUUGAAGCUGCAAUGGCGAACAAGUUCCAGUUUGCCGGUCCGGAGAACACGCUAGUACACUUUGACAAGCCGGACGGCGUUUCACGGUUCAUUACAUCUGUUUACCAGGUCUGUCCGGACCGGGAUGACUGCUUGGCACGACUUCAUUCCGAGCGGAACCUGGCCGUCGCCAUGUCGCGAGCUCAUUCGCACAACAGCAAAAGCAUCGGCGAGGCGGAGAUAUUCUGCUUCGACCGGAAAGACAACAUACAGACGUACUCGGUGGGUAUGAUGGUCAAAAAGGACUUUCAUUUGCUGCCCAAGAUCAACGACUUGAUCCGGCGCAUCAGCGAGUCGGGACUUUUGGGCAAGUGGCAGGUCGAGAGUGACAAGAUUAGGGUUGACGAAGAUCUGGAAGACAGAGGUGGGGAUGAUGGGGGCCAUGGCGAUGGACAGAUCGUGCUCAAGGUGGAACACAUUGAGGGGGCGUUCAUUUUGGGGGCGAUUGGACUCGGGCUGUCAACGGUAGCAUUUAUCGGCGAAAUUGUGUACUUUAACCUCAAGAAUCGAUACAAGUGGAACGAUAGUAUGUUUAGUAGACUGUUUUGCUAGGCAACACCUCACAUAGCGUCAACAAUUCACCAACGCACCAAAAACCAAUCUUGAGCGAUUGUACACGCGAUUUGACCUUGGACUGCGAUCGAUCAUUUUGGCGCAAUCAGAGGGAACCAUAUUUUGGCAACCAAACUUCGCGUCGUCGGCAGAACCUUCACCAGCUUUAAUGACCAGAGGACCUCAUGGCUGGUCGGAUAUUCACACGCCAAACCGGUAACUGCGGCACGGUAUAUAUGUAAAGUGGAAAAUUGAUCACUUCGUUGAAAUCAGCGCACGCCGAACGGUGAAGAUAAUUUCUGGAGCAAAUUGAGCCAUUUAUGAGUUCUAGUGUAGAUCAAACACAGCUUUGGAGCACCUUUGUGCAACAAUUUGACACACAAAAAGUAGCAAAUAAGUAA